AUGAAGCCUGCUCUAUCACGAGCAGAACGCUCUUCUCGGCAGCUGAUCGAGCGAUGGGAUCAUUCUGCAAAUUGGUUUGUACCGAAAGAAGAUCAAGAGUUUAUAGCAUCAAGAGGGAGAUACGUCAAAAUUUUACUUGACGAUGAGGAAUAUGAAUAUAUGAGCGGUCAUAUAAUUGAUGGGAAAAAUUUGUUACCCGCGACAAGCUAUUUGGGACUCGUUUGGAAAACUAUUGGCAUGAUGAAAGGGGUAAUAUACACAACGGUACCGAUAGUUUUCCGAGAUGUAAAAUUUAUUCGUGCUACUCAUUUGUCGAAAAAUGAUGCUGUGGAACUACAUAUUGCAAUACAGACAGAUGGAAAGUUUGAAAUAACCGAAGGAGACAGCAUUGUGGUAACGGGUACAGUAUACGAGACAUUAAAUCCAGAACAAGAAAUGGUUCCGACAGAUCUAUUAUCGGAGAAUAGUGAUGAAGAUGAAAAUAUGACUGCACGAGAUGUCUACAAAGAAUUAAAAUUGCGUGGAUACCAGUACAGAGGCUUAUUUCGUGGAUUAAAGAGUGCCUCUAUUUCGGGAACCCAAGGACAUAUCACUUGGAAAAGUAAUUGGGAAUCUUUUAUGGAUACUAUGUUACAAAUGAUAAUUAUCGGAUAUGAUACUAGGGAAUUAUGUGUUCCUACGGGUAUUCAAAAAUUAGUGAUCAAUCCAAUGCUUCAUGCUUCGAAGCUGCGGGAUAACAUAGAUAAUGCAGAAGUUACAAUAGACAUGGAUAAACUAUUACAGGUACGAGUAUACAAAAAGAUAGACACGAUAAAAGCUGGCGGAGUAGAGAUUCGAGGUCUGAAAGCUACUCAGAUCUCUCGCCGGAAAUUAGCUCAAGAUGUUGUUAUCGAGGAACAUACAUUUGUAGCUCAUUGUGAUCGCGCUAAGGUUUCCUUGAACGAAGCAAUUCGGUUAUCGGCUCAACUCGUACUGGAAGAUCAUCAAAUUAUCAAAGUGCAAGCCGUUGAGCUAGUGGAAGAUGUCGAUGAUGUUGAAUUAGAACAUCUCUCGUCUUCGUUAUUGCUUGAGGCAUGUGAUGAUACACCAUUGAUACAAGUAAAUGUCACUCUACUAACAUCAUCAAAUCGUUUCAAGCCAGAAGACUUACCGCAAAACUUCUCAAUUAAAGAUUUUGAAAAAUCACCUUUGAAUGACGAAGCUUUAAUUGUCGCUGGAUUCAACCUUUUGACCAAACAACACGCAUUAUUAAAGCAACUGUUGUCAUUUUUGAGAAAGGAUGGUUAUCUGUUGACUCGUGAGAAGUGUGACUUAACUGAUUAUAAAAAACAUUUGCACCAAUACGAAUUAAACGUUAUACUCGAAAAACGCACAGAUAAAGAACUAGUUGUGCUUCUAAAAAAAAAAAUUUCAAUAAGAGAAAGGACUAUUGUUUACAUAAGUAAUGAUAACUUUAAUUGGCUGGAGAAUCUAAAGUCGCUUUUGAGUGACGAAAACAAGCUUGACAAGAAUAGUAGAAUUAUAAUUGUGGGAGAGAAAAAUUUUGAGUGCGGUUUAUUGGGUUUUAUUAACUGCUUGAGAAAAGAGCCAGGUAGUGAACUAGUUAGGAGUGUGCUCGUUCAAGAUGAGAAAGCUCCUAAAUUUUCUCUUCAAGACCCCUUCUACUUAGAGCAAUUGCAGAAAGAUAUGACCAUUAAUGUAUUGCGACCUGAUAAAAUCUGGGGAUCAUACAGACAUUUAAAAUUACCACAACCGGAACCGAAACCUGUACUAACCGGCCAUGUCUAUCAAACGGUUCGUGGUGACUUGAAUACAUUUCGUUGGAUAGAAAAUAAUUUAUCUGUCAUGUCUCGUCGUGAGGAUUUAGUGAACGUUGUUUACUCAUCUCUGAAUUUUAAAGAUAUAAUGCUCGCCACCGGUAAAUUAACAUCUCAAGAGGAUAUUUUAAAAGGACGGUUAUUUCAGUCUCUUCCUCUUGGAAUGGAAUAUGUGGGUUUUGAUGUUAACGGACAACGUGUAAUGGGAAUUCGUGAUACUGAUUGCAUAGCAAACAUUGUUGAGAAAGAUGAAAAACUUUGUUGGAAUAUACCCGAUGUGUGGACAUUCGAAGAAGCAGCGACGGUCCCAGUGGUAUACAGCACGGUCUAUUUAUCUUUAUACGUUCAUGGGAAAAUAAAAAAAGGUGAUAAAAUACUUAUACAUUCUGGUACUGGAGGCGUUGGACAAGCAGCUAUUCAUGUCGCUCUUAAAGAAGGAUGCGAGGUAUUCACUACCGUCGGCACAAAUGACAAACGGAAUUUCAUUAAAAAAAUGUUUCCGAUCAUACCGGAUGAUCAUAUUGGAAAUUCUCGAGAUACAAGUUUCGAACAAAUGAUUAUGUGUCAAACGAAAGGUUGCGGUGUCGACAUUGUAUUAAAUUCAUUGGCGGAAGAAAAAUUAAUCGCCUCCGUUCGGUGUUUAGCUCAAAACGGUCGAUUCAUGGAGAUUGGCAAAUUUGACCUUGUUUCUAAUAAUCUCCUAAGUAUGUUUGCAUUUCAAAAGGGUAUCAGUUUUCACAGUAUUAGAAUGGAAAAUUUGAUGUUAAGAACUUAUGAUAGUAAGUGGAAGCAUACACUGAAAAAAAUGGUAGACGAUGGUCUAAAAAAUGAAACAAUCAAACCAAUUCAAGCAAAAAUUUUUCCAAAAUCUAAUAUUAAAGAAGCUUUUAGAUAUAUGGCGAGUGGAAAACAUAUGGGAAAGAUAAUAAUAAAUGUCCAUGAGAAGGAUGAACCUUUGGAUAAGCACAUUCUCGCGUAUCGUCGUUAUUAUUGUCUCAGAGAUAGGAGUUAUAUUAUAUUAGGUGGUUUGGGCGGAUUUGGUUUAGAGUUAACCGACUGGCUUAUAUUUCGUGGCGCUAGGAACAUCAUUCUGAUUUCCCGAAAUGGAAUAAAAAACGGUUACCAAUGCAUGAAAGUUCGAUUAUGGAAGUCGUAUGGCGCAAAAGUUGCGAUCAUCAAGAAUAUCGAUGUUGCUGAUCUUAAAGAUUGCGAAUAUCUCUUACGAACUGUGGAAAAAAAAGCACCGGUGGACGCGAUAUUCAACCUUGGAGUGGUACUGAAGGAUGGCGUCUUCAAGAACCAAUCCGCAGAAACAUUUGCAGAGUCCUUCCAAUCGAAGGCUCGUGCAACGCAAAUGUUGGACAAACUUUCUAGGAAAAUCUGUCCUAAUCUGCGACAUUUUGUGGUGUUUUCUUCCAUUUCCUGUGGCAGAGGAAACGCUGGGCAGACUAAUUAUGGCAUGGCCAACUCUAUCAUGGAAAGAAUUUGCGAGAAGAGAGCGGGGGAAGGAUUACCAGGAUUGGCGAUUCAGUGGGGAGGUGUGAGUGAUGUGGGUCUUGUCGCCGACAUGCAGGAGGACGAUAAGGAAUUAAUUAUCGGAGGCACUCUACAGCAAAAGAUAUCUUGCUGUCUCGAGGAACUCGAUAAGUUUCUACUUCAAAAUCGGCCCAUUGUGUGCAGCAUGGUUGUAGCUGAAAAAAAAAUGAGAUAUCAAGGAAGUCUGAUAGAAACAGUUGCUAAUAUUUUAAAUAUAAGUGACAUAAAGCUUGUAAGUCCAAAUUCAUCUUUGGUCGAAUUUGGAGUGGACUCUAUGAUGGCCAUAGAAAUCAAGCAAGUUCUGGAACGAGAAUUUGAUACAUUUGUCACGGCACAAGAGAUACGAAAUCUCACUUUCGCAAAACUCAUUAAGAUGUCCGGUGCAAUCAUCAAUGACAAUGAUGUGAAAGAUGAAGAGAAACUGGGCAAAGAGAAGUCAGACGUUAUAAAAUUUUUUGCUGGCAUUGCAUUAAAAGAUGAAGAUUUUGUUUCCCCAAUUGAAUUUUUGACUAACAAACAGAACACUAUGACUGAAGUACUUCUUAUUCCGGGUAUUGAUGGAUGUGGUACCAUAUUUAAAACCAUAAUACCAUAUAUUAAAUUUUCAACAUCAUUGUUGCAUUAUAACGCAAACAACAUGGAUUAUACAAACGUGAUAAUGGAAACUACUAAUCGUUUCACAAACCACAUACUUUCGAAGUUAACAGACGGAAAAGAUUUUAUAAUAGUAGGGUAUUCCUUCGGAUCUAUUAUUGCAAUUGAAGUAACAAGAAAAUUAGAAGUUAUGAAUUUUAAAGGCCGACUUGUUCUUAUCGACGGUGCUCCUGAACCUUUACAAACAAUGUUAAAAUUUUUUGAAUCAGAUUUUGAUGAUGCAAAUUUUCAGAUUGAUAUAUUAACUAAUAUUCUGGAAAUCUAUUCAGCAGGAAGUUCUCAAAAGAUUUUAAUGGAAUUAAAGAAAUGUGAGAGUUGGGAUAAAAGAUUUAAUAUUUUCGCUAAACAAUUCUCAGUUAUACAUACAUAUCUCUCACUUUCAAAUUUAAAGACACUAUGUACAACGAUUUACAAACAUUUAUCCGCUCUCCGAGAAUAUGAUCCUUUUACUUUGCUGCCUAUUAAAUCUCCCAUAACAUUGGUAAAAUGUACAUCCUCGUUUAAUAUACCAAUGAUCGAAGAGGAUUACGGUUUGUAUAAGGUAACUCAAGGUGUGGUAAAAGUACAUUAUAUUGAAGGUGAUCAUGUGACAAUCUUGAAAAAUAAAAAAGUAGCGGCUGCAAUUAACGGAGAAUUACCAUUUACAGUUUGA